AUGUCGAAUCCCGGUUGCCAUUUUGAUAAAUGUUUCGAAACCGAAGAGUCAAACAGUACGCUCUUUACAAUGAUACUUGUCGCUACGCGAGAGAAACCCUUUGGCCAUGCGCGCUGGGAUCACGUAUCCGAGCACAAUGUGUUACCCGUACAACUCAUUGAAAUCAAUAUCGAUUGA